AUGGCGCACUACAACUUCAAGAAGAUUACGGUGGUGCCGUCCGCCAAGGACUUUAUUGACUUGACGUUAUCGAAGACUCAACGAAAGACUCCAGUUAUUCAUAAACAUUACCAAAUUCAUCGAAUUAGACAUUUUUACAUGAGAAAAGUCAAAUUUACUCAACAGAAUUACCAUGACAGACUAUCUCAAAUUCUAACAGAUUUCCCCAAAUUGGACGACAUCCACCCAUUUUAUGCCGAUUUGAUGAAUAUUCUCUAUGACAAGGAUCAUUACAAGUUGGCUCUGGGACAAAUAAAUAUUGCCAAAAAUCUAGUGGACAAUGUCGCUAAAGACUACGUGCGGCUUAUGAAGUAUGGCGACUCCCUCUACCACUGCAAGCAGCUGAAGCGGGCUGCCCUGGGGCGCAUGUGCACCGUGAUCAAGAGACAGAAGCAGAGCCUGGAGUACCUGGAACAAGUGCGUCAGCAUUUAUCCCGUUUGCCAACCAUUGAUCCAAAUACGAGGACUCUGCUUUUGUGUGGGUACCCAAACGUUGGGAAGUCCAGCUUCAUCAACAAGGUGACAAGAGCAGACGUGGAUGUCCAGCCCUACGCGUUCACGACCAAGUCCCUGUUUGUUGGGCACAUGGAUUACAAGUAUCUGCGCUGGCAGGUUGUCGAUACUCCGGGGAUUUUGGAUCACCCUUUGGAGGAUCGGAACACCAUCGAGAUGCAGGCCAUCACGGCCCUGGCCCAUCUCCGCGCUGCGGUCCUGUACGUGAUGGAUCUGUCCGAGAAGUGUGGGCAUGGGCUGAAAGAGCAGCUGGAACUCUUCCAGAACAUCAGACCUUUCUUCGUCAACAAGCCUCGUAUAAUUGUAGCAAACAAAUGUGAUGUGAAGAGAAUAGCUGAACUUUCUGAAGAUGAUCAGAAAAUAUUUAUAGAUUUGCAGGCUGAAGGCUUCCCUGUGAUAGAGACCAGCACCCUGACUGAGGAAGGUGUCAGUAAAGUGAAAACAGAGGCUUGCGACAGGCUUUUGGCUCAUCGAGUGGAAACCAAAAUGAAGGGCAACAAGGUGAACGAGGUGCUGAACAGACUGCACUUAGCCGUCCCCAGCAAGAGGGCCGACAAGGAGAGGCCUCCGUUCAUCCCAGAAGGAGUGGUGGCUUGCAGGAAGAGAAUGGAAGUUGGGGAGCCCAAGAAGAAACGGGAACGAGAUCUGGAGCUGGAAAUGGGAGAUGAUUAUAUUUUGGAUCUUCAAAAGUACUGGGAUUUAAUGGAUUCUUCUGAAAAGUACGAUAAGAUACCGGAGAUUUGGGAAGGCCAUAAUGUAGCUGAUUAUAUCGAUCCAGCCAUCAUGAAGAAAUUGGAAGAGUUAGAAAAAGAGGAAGAGCUAAGAACGGCUGCUGGAGAGUACGACAGCGAGUCUGAGAGUGAGGAUGAGGAGAUGGUGGAAAUACGACAGCUGGCAAAGCAAAUCAGAGAAAAAAAGAAGUUGAAAAUUCUGGAAUCCAAAGAAAAAAAUACACAAGGACCCAGGAUGCCUCGAACUGCUAAGAAGGUUCAGUGGACAGUCCUGGAGAACGAGAUGCGCACUCUUGGCGUUGACAUGGACGGCAAGGACGACGCUCACUACGCAGUCCAGGCAAGAAGGUCUUGGAGCGUCACCCGAAAGAGAAAGCGGGAAGACUCUGUUCCACCCUCUUCUGUGGCCCGGAGUCGGAGCUGCUCUCGAACCCCACGUGACGUUUCUGGUCUUCGCGAUGUCAAGAUGGUGAAGAAGGCCAAGACGAUGAUGAAGAAAGCGCAGAGGAAGAUGAAUCGCCUGGGGCGGAAGGGGGAGGCAGACAGGCACGUGUUUGACAUGAAGCCCAAGCACUUGCUCUCCCGGAAGAGGAAAGCUGGGAAAAAGGACAGGAGGUAG